AUGAUGAACGCCUAUCCUGGAGUUUCUCACACUGAUCCUACCAAGCAACAAGAGAGGCACUACUACCUCCUGUCUGAACUGCAAACUGUAGUCAAAGAUCUUCCCAGUUCUUUUCAACAGCGUUUGUCCUACAACACCCUCAGUGACCUGGCGUUGGCACUCAUAGAUGGGACAGUGUUUGAAAUAGUCCAGGGACUCUUGGAAAUUCAACAUUUGACAGAGAAAAAUCUGUACAAUCAAAGACAGAAAUUACACUGUGAACACCAAGGACUAAAACAGGAUCUUGCAAGGAAGCACAAAGAUGGUCUGCAAACAUGCAAGUCACACAACCUGGCUCUGUUAAAAUCAAAUCAACAGGCAGAAUUAGAGGCUUUGGAAGGUCGCGUCCGAGAGGAACAAAGAAUGAUGGAUAAAAAGAUUGUGGCAGAAAUUGAUCAAAAAGUAAAUGACCAACAGAACACUCUUGAAAAAGCUGGUGUCCCCGGAUUUUAUGUCACUGUUAAUCCUCAGGAGCUGACAAUGCAGAUGCAUCUUCUUGAACUUAUUCUGAAACUUCAACAAAAGGAAUCACAAUCAGGAAUCAUUUGA